GUGAAGGAGUCUGUUCACCUGGAGACCGGGUGGGGAGCAGAUGGAGUAGCUACACUCGAUCACGCUCAUUUCUUUUUCCGUCAAGUCACGCUUGUACGUGGCUCAACAUGUGAGGAUAGCAGUUUUGAGAGGGACAUGGAAGACCUGGAUGGCUCCUGGUUGGACCCCCCGUCGCUUCUACAAGGAGCAGCGGCGGACAACGCCAGCUGGACGGGGCGAGCGGGACUCAUGGUGUCCCGGCGGACACAGCUGGUCCUGGAAAUCCUAAUGGUGCUUAUGUGUUUGGGCGCAGUGACAGGUAAUAUUCUUGUCAUUAUUAUUGUGGCUGCCACCAAGACUUUCCACUCUGUGACGUCAGUGCUGGUCAUGAAUCUGGCCAUCAGCGACCUCCUGGUAGGCGUCGGAGUCAUGCCUUUUGUUGCCCUGUCCAUCAUGAACCGUGGAUGGGUGGACUGUACUGAUCUCUGUUUGUACGUGGGCUACACCUCCUCUGUGUAUUGCACAGCUUCCGUACUGACACUAGCUGCUAUUGCUCUUGACCGCUACCACUCCAUCAUGGACUGCCUGCGCUACAGCUCCCGCUGCACCCUGUGGAGGACCUGUGCUGUAGUCCUGUGGAUCUGGCUGCAGGCUCUGGUCACCAGUUGCCCUCCCCUGCUGGGCUGGAGCUCUGUCAGUUAUGUGGUUCCCAUGUACAGCUGUGCAGUCAACUGGGCCAGCAGUCCCAGCUACACAGCUUUCAUGGCUGCCCUCUGCUACCUCAUACCUGCAGUGGUCAUCCUCUUCUGCUACGUGAACAUAGUCAAGGUGGCGCGCAGCCACGCAAGGAGGAUCCAUACAUUGGAGGACUCUGUCCAGCGAAGCAGGAAUCCAGGCUCUGCCUUCGGUCCUGGUGUUUCACCGCACCAGCACUGUGGGACACUCCACAGCCCCUCGAGACUGAUCUAUCAUGUAAGUGGACAGUUUGUCCCCGAGGUCAGUGGAGAAGGAGGAAAUAAUAUAAGCCCUGCUCUCCCUAAUUCUGCCACAGAGCAGAGUAUCCCUACAGCCAGACGUCUGUUCUCCUUCCUGGCUCAGGGCACCUCCCAGCCACCCCUGCAGAACUCCCAGCAGCACCAUCACCACCAUGGAGUGGUUCGUCUCUUCCUGGUCAUCUCAGCCUUCUUCUUCUGCUGGACACCUUACAUUGGUGUGGCGCUGGUUCAGGCCACAGAAACUGCAAUUUCAGGCCAAUCCAACCUCGUCCCACCCUUUGCCGUUACCUUUUCAUACUGGCUGGUGUUGCUGAACUCUGACAUCAAUCCUCUAUUGUACGCUCUGCUUAGCAAGCGUUUCCAGGGUGCUCUUCAGGGACUGAGGCAAAAGAUAAGAGCUCGGCUGGGGAGUGUGGGGGGCAGGGGAGGUGAGGUCAGGGCCGAGGGAGACGAAUGCAAGAACAGCGACCCUUGUACUCUAAACACCCCCCAUCCAGGUGCACCUUCCAGCUCUGAGAGUUCAACUUGUGAUGACUCCAAGUAUUCCCCGUCCAUUUUUACUGUUAGCACCGAAACACUCAAAAGUCAUUCUGAGGAGCAUCUAUGCAAAGUGUGUCACCCUGACAAUACCUCCACAUCCUGUGUGUGGCCAGACGCUGGUGCUGACAGGAGGGUGGACUGCUUGCAGGUUCCCUCUCGCCCACAGGAGGGCAGCAGACUACCUUUCUCUGCUCUAACCCAGGAGCGUCAGGCCACUUUCUUCUACGGCCAGAUAACAGUGAGAGUAGAGCAUGAUGUCUGUUAAUUGUACUUCUGCAGAUGUUAUCUGAAUUAGUUAUUUUCAUUAUUGAUUAUUGACUUUCUUAAUUAACUGAUUAAAAAUUUGGUCCAUAAAAUGACAGAAAAUUGCCCAUCAGAAUACCCUAAAGUCAAAGUUGGCAUAUUAUUAUUGCUUGUUUUAUCUGACCAACAAAAAUCCAAAGAUAUUUAAUUUAAAACCAGCAAAUGGUCACACAUGGAUUCAGUCAUAUUUUUGCUUAAGAAAAAUGCUGAAAUGGUUAAUCAACUAAUUGAAAUGAUUGUUUUCAUAAUCAAUUAAUAUGCUAAUUAUUUUUCACAAUUUCCCAGAUGCUGAACGUGGCAUAUUCAAAUGUCUUGUUCUGUCUGACCAACACUUCAAAACCCCCCUAUAUUCAUUUUACUAUAAGCAAAUCCUCACAUUUGACAAGCUGAGACCAGCAAACCUUGGCAUAUUUGCUUGAAACGAUUAAAAGAAUGCUGCAGAUUAAUUUUAUAUUGUUCAAUUAAGUUGCUGGAGGCCAUUAUGUGGUGAUCAGUAAUUGCGAAGCACAGAACUACAACACAGGAGAUAAUAAACCUGGACAAGAGGAUGUAUUGAAAAGAAAUCUUUUAUAUAGUACAUGUGAUUACACUUGAAGACACCCAACAGUAGAUCUAAUAAACCCAUCAUUUAUUCACA